CUUAUUAAUAAACUCAAGUUUUUUUUUGGCGAGUCUUUGGUUGAGCAUUAAUUAUUACACAAUAAUUUGGUUGCGCGACAGCUUACGCCGCUUAUCGCUCUCCCAACAUUCGCCAGCUUUGACCUCCCCUAUCUUACUUUUAUUAUUCUAUCCUACUUAACUUCCCUUGAAAAAUUACCGACACCGUGUCUCACACGCUGGAUUCCGUGCGCGGCUGCGAAAAAAGGAUGGCGACCGACUUCAUAAUGCCUAGGCCAGCUGAGCAGCCGCAGCCACAGGCGCAUUUCUACCCUUAUCGCCAAACACCUACCGCGCCGUCGCAAUCUCCGACCUAUCCAUCUCAAGGAUACCAUUCUCAACAGAUCUCGCCUUUGAGCACUUCUACCAACGCCUCACCUACCUCCCCCAAACCGUAUCAUCGCCAGCGUUUACGACCGCUCUACAUGCCUGCGGUUUUAAGACCGAACGAGCACCCCUACAAGAUAAUUGGGAGGAAGACGGAAGCACAGGAAGAUGAUAAUCCGUUAUCGUCUAACAACAGCUUCAUCAGCCUGGCCGGAUUGGGCGCGCUUAGCCGACUGAGCCGCCGUACUACAGGUGACAGCGGAAAGUGUGUAGAUGAUGAAUGGGACUUGGAUAUGUUUCCAAAGCCGACGGCGCAACCCACGCGGCAACACUGGAAGCCCGACCCGGAAUCAACUAUCUGCGACGAGCCCUCAUGUAUGCGCCACUUCAACUACUGGACACGCCGGCAUCAUUGUCGGAAAUGUGGCAACAUCUUCUGCGAUUCGCACUCGGCAUACGAUGUUCCUCUCGAUCAAGACGCGAAUUAUAACCCGAAAGGUACUCCGAGCCGCGCAUGUUCUCACUGUUUUUCAGAGUUCAGAGCGUGGCGUAGUCGGACAAAUAGCCAAGCUUCUAGCGACACGUCUUCCACUGGUAGAGGGUCGCAAACCGCACCCACGAGCCCAGCCGCUUCGGCCCCGACGGCAAUACAAGGUCAGCAUGGCCAUCAACAGGACAUCGCGAUGAGCGUUCCACGGGACUGGAACUGGAGUACCUUCUAAUCGGUUUGGAAUUGGAUGUCUCCGUUACGGAUAUAAAUAUCCUUUCUCACUCGAUACCAGGUGCCUAAUUAAUGAUACACGAGACAACGGAUCU